GUAGCAGAUAAGUGUUGAGCUCCGAGCUGGAGACGGGCUCAGAGUUGUACUGAGUGUAGCCGAGAGAGCCCAGCCGGAGCGGCGCGGGACUGGCAGAGAGCGAUUGAUUCAGGCAGGCAGGCAGCAGACAGGCAGGGGUCCCCGGCAGCCGCAGACAGCCCCCGACCCCACGCCCGUUCAGUCCGGCCCGUGCACUCCCGCCGGUGCAAGGCAGUGCAGUGCGCGGCGCCCCGAGACGUCCCGCCAGGACCGUCUCUCUUCUCUUUGCUGCUGCCCCAGGGCUCGAGCUCGGGGGGACCCAGGCUUUUACCCCGGCUCCCGGCGCCGCGCACAGGACAAGUCGGCCGAGGGGCAACUGCCCCACAGACUACUUUUCCCGGAGACACAAGUGGUUCUGGGAGCCUGCCGUGAACUUUUGGCGAAGCCCAGCGCUCGGAGAGCCGGGAAGCCGGGCCGGCGCCCCGAUCCGGAGGCAGGCAAAGGAGAGCGAGGAAGGGGCUGCGGCAGCGGACCCUGACCCGAGCCGCGCUCGGGAGCGCAGCAGCCGCCCUCCGCUCGCUGCCAGCCCGGAGGAGGCGGGGGCCGGCGCCGACGCGGACUGAGAUUUCGGGGGGCUCCGGCUGACCUCUCGCCCCCGCCGUCCUCUCCCCCCGGCCGGGCUCCCUCGCCCGCGCCCGGGAGAGCCGCUGUCACCCGCUUGGCCGGCCGCUCGCCGAGAGAGGGGGACGCAUCCAGCCAGACGCACGGUCGCCGCCGCCUCUUUUCAAACGGGAGUCGAGGAGCGCGCGCGGGACAGGAGGUAGCGGAGAGAGCGCGCCUCGUGGCCGAGCCGGGAGGGGGGCCAGCUGGGCUCGCGACCCCCCGGCAGAGUCCGGGUUCUGAGCGCGCCCCUAAGCCCGCCUCUCCUUGCUGACGACCCCCUGGCAGAGUCGGGGUGCUGAGAGCGCUCCCCUGAGCCCGCCUCUAUUCGCUAACUUUGCCAGUCGCGGCAGGCGGGCGGACGGGCACAGGCAGACAGCCGGACAGACAGACAGCCCGACGUCUACGCUCGGCCGGCUUGGAGGGGACCUGCUCUGUUCUAUGACUACAAAGAUGGAAACUACUUUCUACGACGAUGCCCUCAACGCCUUCGUGCAGCCCGAGAGCGGCGGCUACGGCUACAGCCACGCCAAGGUGCUGAAGCAGAGUCUGACCCUGAACUUGGCUGACCCGGUGAGCAGCCUCAAACCCCACCUGCGCAACAAGAACCCCGAACUGCUGACCUCGCCCGACGUGGGGCUGCUCAAGCUCGCCUCCCCGGAGCUCGAGCGCCUCAUCAUCCAGUCCGGCAACGGGCUCAUCACCACCACGCCCACGCCCACACAGUUCCUGUGCCCCAAGAACGUGACGGACGAGCAGGAGGGCUUUGCCGAGGGCUUCGUUCGCGCCCUGGCCGAACUGCAUAACCAGAACACGCUCCCGGGCGUCCCCUCGGCGGCCGCCGCGCAGCCCGGGAACGCCUCGGUGGCCGCGGGCAUGGUGGCUCCCCCCGUGGCCGCGCUAGCGGGAAGCGGCGGUGGCGCCGGGGGCUUCAGCGGCCUGCACAGCGAGCCCCCGGUCUACGCGAACUUGAGCAACUUCACCCCCAGCUCGGCGCUGGGCACCGCGCCCGCUUACAGCGGCGCCGCCGGGGGGACCGGGGCCGGCGGCAGCAGCCUGGGCUUCGCUCCUCAGCCCACGGCCCCGCAGCAGCAGGCGCAGCCGGCUAACCCACAGCCUCCCCUGGGCCCGCAGCUGCCGGGCGUGCAGCACCCCAGGCUGCAGGCGCUCAAGGAGGAGCCGCAGACGGUGCCCGAGAUGCCCGGCGAGACCCCGCCGCUGUCGCCUAUAGACAUGGAGUCCCAGGAGCGCAUCAAGGCCGAGAGGAAGCGAAUGAGGAACCGCAUCGCAGCGUCCAAGUGCCGGAAAAGGAAACUCGAGCGCAUCGCCCGGCUGGAGGAAAAGGUGAAGACUUUGAAAGCCCAGAACUCGGAGCUGGCUUCCACGGCCAACAUGCUCAGGGAACAGGUGGCCCAGCUGAAGCAGAAAGUCAUGAACCACGUGAACAGCGGCUGCCAGCUCAUGUUAACGCAACAGUUGCAAACGUUUUGAGCAGCCCUGGGGGGACGAGAGACGGACUAGGUUGGACUGACGCGUUGGUUGCAUUUGGGAGACAGAGACGCGCACGGUAAAAGUGUCCCAGAGACGAUAGAUCAAGCUGAUCCGUGUUGAGCCCCGGACUGGCCCCCCCCCUCCCCGCCACCCACGCACACGUGUGGGGGCCCGACUGGCCAAGCCUUGGGCCUUGAGCUAGUCUGGAGUGGCCAAGCCCACCCCCGACAGUACCACUUGGCAAAAGGGAUGGCCCCACCCCCACCCUCACUGCCGGACCUAGAGGGCAGAACCUGUUAGCCCCAUGUUUAACAUUGACCAAGAACUGCAUGGACCUCUAACAUUCAAUGAUCAUUCAGUAUUAAAAGGUUUAAAAAAGGAAAAAAAGAAAAAAAA